GUCCUGGCCCAUCAAUGAUUUUAUAACCUAAGCGUUCCUACGAACCAAAUCUCACUCCCUAUGUACUUUAUAUCGCUAGGCAGUCUAUAAUACUUUUUGAUAUUAGUCGUACCACACACAAUGGCCUUCAUCAAGCAAGAGAUUGAAAUCAACAGGAAUACGGGGAAGCCGGAAUACGACCUUGAGCUUACGGAACAGGUCAUCGCCGCUACUGGCCCAGAUGCCCACCCUCGCCUAGCGGAGAUCCUGCCUAGUCUGGUGCGACAUCUGCAUGGCUUUGCCCGGGACGUGAAUUUGACGGUGGCGGAAUGGAUGGCAGGGAUUGAGUUAAUAAACGAGGCAGGUCGUAUGUCCAACGAUAGGCGCGAUGAGACGGGUCUCCUAUGCGACAUCCUAGGUCUCGAAUCUCUUGUAGACGAGAUCACAUCCAAGCUGCUCCUCAACAGUAACAUCACUGAGUCCGAAUCGGGGGAAGCUAUCACACCAUCGGCUAUCCUGGGACCUUUCUACCGCGCCAACGCCCCAAUCUUGCCUAAUGACAGCAGCAUCCUGCGCACAGAACCGGGCUCGGAUUGGUACAAGCAAGCGGAGCACUUACUCGCACACUUAUCUGGCCAUGUGACAUCCGCAACAACGGGGAAGCCGCUCCGUGAUGCCAUGGUGGACAUUUGGCUCGCGGGGCCAAACGGGCUGUAUGAGCAGCAGGACCCCUCAGCACCUGAUAUGAAUCUUCGCGGGCGCUUCCUCACAGAUGCCAACGGCCGGUACGCCUUGUAUUGUAUCCGUCCAACGGCGUACCCAGUUCCUGGGGAUGGCCCCGCGGGGCGGCUAUUGAAGUUGCUUGAUCGGCAUCCGUACCGCCCCGCACACAUUCACUUCAUAGUCAGCAAGACUGGCUAUCGGACUCUGACCACGCAAGUGUUUGACGUUGAGGACAAACGUGUCGCGGAUGAUGUAGCGUUUGCGGUCAAGAAGGAAUUGAUGGUGAAGUUCAAAAAAAGGGAGGGUGAUGAUAGGGCGCUGUGGGACCUAGAGUAUGACUUCACCCUUAGUGAGGCGUGAGAUACUCUAGGUGUCUACCAAGCAAAUACUUGUAUCUUGGGGAGUAUCCAUUAGUGUGUAAAAGCUAGUAAAAUUCGGUUUUGAAACAUGAUUGUCUCUCCUAUUAGUGACGUUAGAAUCUCUCAUGUUCUGUUUAAGGAUCGCUUGAUGCCGUUGAUCUCUAAGGUAUUUAGCGCAGCUGCUAUGACGAUAAGUGUCGGGAGGCGAUGGCUUCGGGGAGUUUAGUGAGGUUAGCUACCUAGGUACAGUUGAGCCCAUUGGUGCAUCUAUACUUGAUACUGAUUGGAUUCAUUGCAGGUGAACUGGCCACUCAUAUCAAAUGAAGUAUCAAGUGGACGUUAUAAAUAGUACGAUCCCAAUUGCGAACAAACAAGUUCGCGGGAGGGUUGAGUUAUGAUAGGUGAGAAGGUUUCUUUAAUGUCGACAGCUAACAGGGGAUAAACGUGGCGAUCAUUUGUUUGCAGUUAUAGCUGGAGCUCUCC